AUGAAGGAUUUUAUGAAGGACAAUCCCCGGACUGGACUGUCAAAGGCUCAAUAUGGUUUCCGUGAAGGUCUUUCCACCCUGGAUGCUCUAGAUGCAGCGGUAUCGUUUAUUAAACGAACUAUAUCAAAGGGGGGGGCUAAAGCGAUCGGGGUGUCUCGGGCAUUAUGCCGUUUAAUGCCCAAUCUUUGGGGUCCUAACGAGAGUAAGCGCAGAUUAUAUGCUAACGUAGUAACAUCGGUGAUCUUAUACGGGGCUUCUAUAUGGAAUCCUGCUCUGGAUGCCUCGGCCAAGUCGGGGAGGUUGCUGCGGGGCCUCCAGCGAGAUAUUUGCAUCAGGGUGUGCUCUGCAUAUAGAACGGCUUCUUUUGCAGCCGUGACUUUGUUAGUUUGUUCCCCUCCGUGGGCUCUAGUAGCCGCGGAGAGAAGAAGAGUUUUCUUAAGAGUUAGGGAUAUGAGACGUGGUGGCAAUGCCACAUUGGAGGACGUUGAUGAUAUACGAAUGGAGGAGGGAGUGGAGACGCGUCGGCAAUGA